AUGGAGACUCAAAAGGAGGCUCCAGGAGAGGGGCCAGCUCCAAAAUACCGACCGGCUAAGUCUGUCCCCUUCCAGUUACACAUGCACUGCACCAUCUACUUCGAAGAAAAGCUUUUUCACCAAGCUCUUCAUCUCCUUCUAAGUCUUCUCUCGUCAAAUACCAUUGCAUCGGGCCCCGCAUUAAUACCGUCGCCUCAACACCUUGCCGUUGCAGCUACUCUCAUCGUCCACCCUUCCACAACAACUCGAGUAAAGUCAUUGGAGAGUGUUCAGGUUGCAAAUACUGCUUUAGAGCUCUUACGUCUUACGAAUAAACUGGUAGGGCCAUUAGCUGCAAAAUUCGACAUUGCCUUUGCUUUUACGCGGUUCUCAUCGUCGCGAAAUGGGCGCCAACGACGCGGAGAUGGUCAUAACGACUCUGCAAACGGUUCAUCCUCAGAUUUUGAUGCGGUUCCCAUGAGGGUGGAUAUUGCUCGAGGUGGAUCUCUUUGGUUUCGAUCUGAGGACUUUUGGCAUGCUGUAGGGUGGGCGUUUAAUUGCGCCGUUCUCUUUCCGAAACGAUGGUCGAGAUGGCGUGUCUGGUUAGAAUUCAUGUGUGACGUGUUGGAAGACGAUUGGGCGGAGAGAGAAAGACUGGCCAACAAUUCAAGUGAUGGGACGGCAACACCAACUGCUGGCCAUGCGCUUCUCCGUGAUAGUCUCAUUUUCAAGUAUAUCUCAGGCUCAUCAGUAGUAUCUGGCCACCAUCGAAGAAUCAUGCGAGCUGUCUUUGCAGACGGGAAACCUCCGUCGUUAAACGAGUUCAAGGAGGUGUUUCGGAACGAACUAAAGGAGCCCGAAAAGGGUAAAGAUAAUCUAAAAAGACGUGAGGCUGAUGUGAAUGUCGACGAAGAUGAAUUCGGAGACUACCUCUCAAAGGACGAGGAUGAUGAUGCUGAGGAGGAAGACAACGACUCAUACACGACGAGAGAAACCGAGCCUUCUCGGCCAAAACGCCCGAGAACUCGAGCACCAGAAUUUUCUUUGAUUUCGACUGACGAUCUUAAUAUGGAUCCUUCGUACAGCGGUUCGGGCGUGGGGCAUUCUGGCAAUGUCUCGCAGCUCGGCGACCUCGCUUCACUCGCUCUCAGGCAGCGUCUUAUGCAGCUCUUGUCCCGAGUCUCCAACUCUCUCGGGAAUCUUUACAUGGAAUUGGAUAAGCUAUAUCUUCUCUUCGUGGAAUUCGUCCGUUCGCUGGACCUUCCUACAUUUCAGCUCUUAGUAUCAUCGCCGGUGUUGUCGAGUUUCACAGAUGACGCACGAACUACCCUGUGCGAGAUGAUCCUUCUUCGUUUACUAGACAACAAUCCUGGUUCGAUGGAGCAGUACCUGAGCCAGGCUAAGUUGGAGACCUGUUUUCUUCCCUACGCGGCUUAUACGAAUAGUUCCGUCGACAAUGCGAAAGUUUCGAUAUUACUUGAGACCACCCUACGGCUCUUAGCCUCCAAUGGCAUGUUGCAUGUUCGUCCCUCUUUGCAAAGGGCAAUCGAAGAAGGAAUUGUGGCCAGAAGUGAAAAAUGCCAGACCGACACCAGAAAGAGCCAAGGUAAACAGAAAAUGGAAGAAUCUGGUUGGAUUUGGCUCGUUGAAAGUGGCGAAAGAAUGCAUUAUCUGGUGAACAAAGUAAUGUCGAAGGAAAACGAAGGAAAGAGGACGUGA